UUGAGGGAAUGCAUAAUCUAUUUUUGUUAUUAGAAAAUUAUUUUUCCUUCAAAUAUUUUUUAAAAACAUACUCUUUCUGAGGUUUAAUUUUUGCCCUGAUUACAGCCAAAAUAUCCCUUACAAUCCAUAACCAAUUUUACAAUGGAAAUGAAUCAAUUUCUUUUUAAAUUUUUAGGUGCAUCUCAGUAUAGAUUAACAUGCUAUUAAUAAUCAUUAAGUAAAAACUGGCUUCUAUUCUUGUUAGUUAUAUGCAUAUUAUCUCUUUGAGAAUCCCUGCUCUUUUCCUCUAUCCUUAGGCCUAUUCUUCAUGCCUUCACCACCUGCCACAGCUGAUGUUCCUUCAGAGAAUAUGUAUCAAUUUCAGUAUUGACCUAAGAAAACAAUACAUUGCAAAACUGAAAGGAUUAAAUAAUUACAACAAUUUCCAAUAAAGAAACAGAGCCAAAGUAUUACAGUGACUUGCCCAGGAUUAUUCAGCAGGGCAGUAAAAUCCUGUUCUCCUAAUUGCUAGUGCAAUGAUCAUUGUUACAAUACAUGCUGUACAACUUACUAAAGACAGAUGAGCACAUCUUCCCUACUUGAAAAGACCACUUCUUAUCAAAUUAUAACUUGUUCACCUGAGUUUUCCAGAUUCUUAGGGUCAGUGGACAGUAUAGUAAACCAUAGAUAUAUGUAUUAAUAUUGAUUGACAUUUAAUAUUAAAAGACAUAACAUUUUUCUCACUCUUAUGCUUCUAUAUGCUUUAGUGCUUUCCUCACAACCAGAUUAAUAGAGUACAUUCUGAACAAUAGAAUGUAAUUCAGGAGCUUUGAACCUUCCCAGGGUAUUUGUAUUUUGGAGAAGAACGUUAGAAUACAAUAAUGCCUAGAUUUGAUCCAUUUACAUUCAGUUAAAUAUUUGUUGAAUGUGCCCUAUAUACAUCCAGACACUAUGCUAGGCAUUGGUAAAACAGUGCUGAACAGAACCAACCUGGUAUAAAGGUCAAGCCACUCAUAGGUGUGCAGAAGAGAUAGUGAGGCAGGGCAUUUAAGCAGGAAAAAAGAAGCGAGAGUCACUUUCUUAGCACUUUCUGGACUUGCAGGUACUAGUUUUUGUGGUUGAAACUUAGGAGAAUAGAGAAAGAUAAGGCUGAAGAGAUUGGCAGGGAUCAAAUCAUCAGGUAUUUUGUUAUCAUGCCAAGGAGUUUUGAUGUGGAUGUAACACUGUAAUUAUCUGUCUGUCUUGAUGGAGUGAGGUACUCCAUAGAAGGAAACUUUCCAUUAUAACUGAAACAUACCCAAUUUGCCAGAUUAUCUUUCAGUCUGUUUUUAAACUCUAGGAAUAACAUAUUCCUUCUUAAACAGGGCAUACUAGGUAUGGGUUGACUUUAAAAUCUGGGGUUUUCUGUUAACGCUAUUUUACUUUUCCCUUGGAUACCAUAGUUUUUCCUCUUUUUAUUUUCUUUUUCACAAUGAAAUGAGCUUUAUUUUUGUUUCUGAUUAUUACUACAAGAUAUAAUCAUGUAGAAAUUUAGGCAAACAGAAGUUUAUGGAAGAAAACGUCACCUGAAAUUCCACUUUUCAGAGGUAACCACAUUGGACAUUUGCGUUAAACAAUGAGUUUAACCCAAAUGCAUAUGUUUGUGUAUGCAUAGCUGCCUUGCACCUGCCUACCUGCCUGCUCACUUACCUGUCUGCCUACUUCCAAGCUACAGUCAUCCCUGCUUGCUAUUUUGCGACCUGCUCGUGUCAUUCAACAUUGUGGCAAUGGGAUCUUUCCCCAUCAAUGAGAAAUACACACUUUUGUGUUCUCCUGAUUUGUGGUGCUUAGUUCAAGGAUAAUCUGAGAAAACAAAUAACCAAGCUUCUAAGAGUUACAUUUAAAUAACUAACUUAGAAUUAGUUACUGAUUGGUUGCUUAGUAACCAAAAAGCUAUAGACUAUUAAGGAUUUUAGACAAUUGAUGAAGCAAUGAAGUUGUGGCAAAGUACAUUGUUAUUGAAUAUUGAUAUUGAGUCUAUAGUAACUAGAUUUGUUUAAUGACCAGAAUAUAAAAUAUUAAUAGCUAGAUGACCAUGUUACUGCCUUAGCAAUAGCUUACAAAGUGCUUAUCAUUUGUACCUACUUUAUAUUGUUUAUUUGUCCCGUUGCUUCCACCCCCACUGUCACUUUCUCAGUAUGUGCUCUCCAGGGCUAUUUCUAUAACCUCCUGUUUCAGCCCUUCUAGUCCACACUUCUGUAAGGGGGCACUUAAAAUCUUCAGGAGUAUCUUAUCAUACCCAUAAUAUUGAAGUUAAAACCCAUUAAUGUAUAGGACAUGUCAUAAUCAUAUUAUAAAGAAUAUGAUGCUUUUCCUUAAUCUAUGCCCCCAGCCAUAAUUAUGUGCACACCUUUUUUUACGUCCUUGGUGAAUGCCAGCCCAACUUUUAAAAUCUGCCUCAGGUCUGUAUGCUUUGUUCUGUGGGCUAUCAUCUUUUUUCCUGCCAUCGGUCAGAAAAAACAUGUCGAAGAUGGAUGGCAUUAGAUUAUGCAGGAAUUUCUAUUGGAAUACUGGGCUGCUAUGUCUCAGGAGUAUUUUAUGCAUUUUAUUGUAAUAACUACUGGCGUCAGGUGUACUUGAUCACAGUGCUUGCUAUGAUCCUGGCAGUGUUCUUUGCGCAGAUUCAUCCCAAUUACCUCACGCAGCAAUGGCAAAGGCUCCGUUCUAUCAUCUUUUGUUCUGUUUCGGGAUAUGGAGUGAUUCCUACUCUUCACUGGGUUUGGCUCAAUGGAGGAAUUGGUGCUCCUAUUGUACAGGACUUUGCACCCCGUGUAAUUGUGAUGUAUAUGAUUGCUCUUCUUGCUUUCCUGUUCUACAUUUCCAAAGUCCCAGAGCGGUACUUUCCAGGACAACUAAACUACCUCGGAUCAAGCCACCAAAUAUGGCAUAUCCUUGCAGUAGUGAUGUUAUAUUGGUGGCAUCAGUCAACAGUGUAUGUCAUGCAGUACAGACAUAGCAAGCCUUGUCCUGACUAUGUUUCACAUUUGUGAAUUAGGUGUGGCCACCUGGUGAAUUCAGUUGUUAAGCAAUAUAUAAUGGGGAAUUGUAUACCCCACUAUUUCUAAGAUUCCCAUUAGUUUUCCCUUUUUCCUUUUUAAUAUGAGUAAUGCUUUAUAAAACUGGGAAAAAAAAGUAUACUUAAGGAUCUGUAGUAAUAACUGCUUUACAAAACCCUUAAAACUACUAAUUUGCUGCUUGUACAGAAAGUGAAAAUUAGUUGGCAAUCAUAAGAAACAUCUGAAUAACAACGAUGAAUGGGAAACUAGUGUUGAAAUAGGAUUCACUUUACUUAGCACCAGCUUAAUUUCCUUAGGAAGGGCUCAUCUCCAUUAGAAAAUGGAGUCAUCUUAUGUGCUUAACUAUUUUCAGUUAAUGUGCCUAAUCAAGGCAAGGGUUGUUUCAGCCUAUGCUUAAUGCAAGCUAGGCUGGUGAUUUUAAAUAAUCACUAAAAUCACUAGAUUUAAAUAAUCACUGAAAUGAUUUGUGAGAAACUGGCACUUCAGAUAUUAUAUCCUUUAGCUAUAGGUUCUUCUCUCCCUAAGAACAUUAGAUAUUUUAGUUUUCCAGAACAAAAGCUUUAACCUUCUCCUGUAAGUCGAGAGAAGGGUUGAGAAGAGGAAAAGAACUUCUCAUUUUCUAUCAGAUAAGAAUCACAUUAGAAACUAAGUACAGGAUUAGACAACAAAUUAUGUGGUCAAAUAACAUAGUCAUUAGCCACCUAAACAUUUUAAUUCCAGAUAUUAUUUAAUUCCAUAUAAUAACUGAAUUCUUGUGAGUGGAUUACAGGUUUUUGAUCCCAAAAUUCCAGAGCUUUCAACUCUCUGAAUUUGUAGUCCUGAAUAUCUCAGUGGUGGGGGUUCCCAGCAUUAUGGGUGCUACUUUCAAGGCCAUAGAAUCUCGAUGGCCCUGUCUUGACCCUGAAAUGAACCUUAAGCCUUAGAACAAAGUCAUGCAGAUGCCCCAUUUGAUAAUAAUCUUAUUCACCUGUGUGCUCUGGUCCUCGGUUUCUGCAUGUGUUAGCAUUGCAUUGAUAACUCAGAAUCUUGAUAAACACUUAAUAUUUGGACUGGAAGCAUUAAACUUUCUUUUUAUUGUAUAUGCUUAAAAAAUAGAACUCACUGCCCUAUCAUACACUGUAGCCCUCCUAUUCUUUGGUCUUUCAUAUGCGUUAGUUAAAUCCCUUAAAGCAGACAUUCAUAAAAACUUACAUUGUUUAUUGGAGUAUAAAAUAACCCAAGUUUCUUAAUGAGUUGACAUGAGCUGUUUUAAAUACUGGUGUAUUUCCAGAACAGUAAAAUUACUGAAUAUCAGAAAAAAAUGUUAAUUGAUGAUGAAGCUUAUUCCCAAAAUGCCUUUUGUGCAUAUGAUAUUUGGAAAGUCACUUUAAUGUGCCUCAGUUAAUACAUCAGUAAAAUGUUGUGUUUCUUUCCCAGUGUAGUGUUUUUGGAAUAUAAAUUCCCCAUGCUAGUAUCUCAGCAAAGAGAAUUUCCCCCCAGGAGGCUCAGUAAAGGAAUACCAUGUCUUACCCAUCAUUAUGAUGGAAGGCUGCUUUGAAAAUGGAUGUUUUACCUUAUAAGGUUAAAAUUUUGAUCCAUAUGUUAAGUGAUAGAAGAUUUUGGUGCAACAGUAGUAGGAUAUAUUUCUCCUAGAACAUCCCUUAUGGGCUUACAUGAUUUUAUUGCCUUUAAAUAGAUAUUUUGUCAUUUUGGCCAAACAAAAGACACAGUAGUUAUACUUGUUAAAAAUGAGGGAAAAGUCAUUAUUUUAGGUGUGGAGCCAUUUUUAUUAUAAAACUUUCUCAAAAUAAAAAUUGAAUCAAUUUUUGCAAUCCCUGUAUUAGUACAUGAAUACGUACUUGCCAUCUGAAUUAAUACAUGAAAAGAGCAUACUGUGUUUUUAAAUCAGUGUUUCUUUGAAUUUAAAGGGUGUACAGGUCUUUCUGUAGGGAAAAUUAUUCCAUGUAAACAUUUCAACUCUGUAUGAAAAUGUUAAAUAUUGUAAGAAAGUUAUCCUCUCAUUUUUUCACUGCUAUGAUGUAUUUAUUAUAAAAUAGGGAAUGAAUGAAUGAAUAUGGAUUGCUGUCAACUAGAAACACUUCUGUAUGUCAGUCAGCAUUAAUGACCACCUACUGUGUGCACAGCACUACUGGUAAAAUUUUGAAGACAUUGUUAACAUUAAAAAAUAUUUUAAAGUUGUCUACAAAUCUGAGCCUUGUAAUGAUGUAUAUUUAUUUUUGUUUUUAUAGAUUAAAAUAUACUAUCCGGUUUCAGUACUAAAAAAGACUGGUUUUAAUUUUACCAAUGUGUGAACUAUAAAAGCUUUUUGCCUACAGAUUUUACAUUUUAAAAUUAUCUAUGGCUGUUUUAAAUUGUCUAGCAAUUUAUAUGGUUGUGGUUAACUCAUUUAAGAAACAAUUAUCUUUCUAUAUUAAGCCAUUUUCAAAUAGCAAGACAGUGCUUGUCUUUUUUUGUUAUUACACUAACUGCAAUUCAGUAAGCUGCAUGACAAAAUAUGUAUUACGUAAAUAAACCGGGUUUACUAAAUA